UUAUUUGCCUGAUGCAGUGCGGUAACUCAGACUGCACACCCACUGCUGCAGACACUCCUUCACCUUGUUCACAACAUAUCUGGGACUGCAGAGAGACUCGGACUCACUUAAGGCUUGAGCAUUGGAACCAUUUUUCUUUUGCAUGUCAUCAUGCGCUGGAUACUGGCUGGAUGCUGCGGGCUCGCUCUGAUCAGUCUGUCAGUGUGCUCAGUGGCCCUGCAGAUCAGCCAGAAGCCCCGGUUCUACGGCGUGAAAAUCAACCGCGCUGUGUAUAUUUACUGCAAGUGUUCAGAUCAAGGCCAGAAAAGCGAAGUGCACUGGUACAAAGCCGACAAGUACGACGUGUCUGUAGAAAAAAGAGAAAGGAUAGUAGAGGAGGAAAAGAAGAUUCAGUUUCAGCGCAAAGGUAUGAUCACAAACGCCUUUCUCAUCAUCCUCAAACUAAAAAAAGAAGACAGUGGCGUGUACUUCUGCAAGAUCAACGGUACAUGGGGACCUGGAACUGAACUACAGGCUGUCAGACCCAUUAAGCAUGAAGAGGCGCUAUACAGGAGUCAGAUGAAGGACGGUCUCAUGGUCCUCCAGGGCCUGAUGCUGGCUGUGUGCAUUACUGCUCUGCUGCUGCGUAGACGAACACUGCUGGAACAGAAGGACAGCAUAUAUGAGGAGCCUGAAACCGAUCACAUCUACGAGGGUUUGGCGAUUGAGACGUGUGGAGGAGGUCUGUAUGAGGAACUUGCUGUGUACAGUCAGGCUGAUGGAACUGAGGCCCCGUGGGAGUGAAACUGACACAACAACUAAACUACUUUUCACCUUCUACAGCCUCACAUGAUGAUAUGUUCUUACUUAUAAGUUGUUAAGUGAAAAUGGUAGAGUUUAAUUCAUCCUCUCAGGUGAGGUGAUGUGCCUUUUUCUUCUUGUAAAGUGCAUAUUUUGCCAUUUCUGGGUGUUUUUUUGUUUUGGUUUUAUUGCUCCUGCAACAUUUACACUCACUGUGGGCUCAUUUUUCACUGUAAUAUAAAGUCCUGCUCAGAUGUUGGUGACAGGAAAAAACUAGAGGCUUCACAUGCAAAUGAUUUUCUAUUAUUUACAUUUUUAAUUUGUCUCCAUACCGGUCUUCAACUGAAAAAGUCCCUGAAUUUUCGUCACAUGUCUGUUAGUAGCAGCUGAGUGACUAAUAGCUUCACGGUUGUGCUGAGGAAUGCAGAAUUUUAUGUUUUUUAUAGAAUCUGGGCAAUACAAACUGUUUACUUUUGGAGAAUUUUUAAAUGAAAUAUGUAUAAAAAAGUGAUUCUGAUGAAAUAUCCUAAUUUAAAGCUUAUAUUUGGUUUACUUUCACGACGGAACCGCACAUCACAGACGAUUAUUUCAAACUGAAAAUCCAUUGUUUAUGUCUCUGCUAAAUGUCAACUAAUACAUGAAUCACCACUUGGUUUUGAUAAUUAAAUCAUUGCUUUUAGACACUUUUAAACAAAGAAGAGUCAAUCCUCUGAUUCCAUCUUGUUAAAUGUAAAUAUUUUCUGUUUUUUGUUCUCCUCUAUGACAGUAAACUGAAUAUCUUUGAGCUGUAAACAAAACAUUUGUAAUCUGGGGCUUUUGGAAACACUGAUUGACUUUUUUAAAAUAUCAUGAACUAAACAACUAGUUGAUGAAUGGAGAAAAUACUCAACAGAUCAACCAUUGGUGAAAAUAACAGAGUUGCAACAGAAUAUUUAUUCAUUAAUGCUUAAUUUGCUGAAUGUGCUGCUUGUUUUGUGCCAUUUAGGAUUGAAAUAUUCUGUCAUCAUUUGAAGUGUAAAUAUAACAUUCUACGAGACAGUUGAUGUUCCAGAUGAUGUUUUUGGUGCUUCAGGUUGUUUUUUUUUUUUAGGUAUAUUAAUUAUAAAUUUCAUAAUGUCUUUGUUAACUUGACCGUUUGAUAUCGACUUUUCCUCCUGUCUACAAAACAUGAAAGGAAAAAAACUAAUCUGGUGUCCAUCAGAGCGAAAACAAGGCUCUAUUUGUUCAUGUUGUUUAAUAAUGUCAGAAAUCUGCAUGAAUUUUCUUUAUGCGACAGGAAUAAAAACAAUAAACACAUUUCCAUCUGCUGGAGAAA